AUUAUUAUGGCGGGUGUAAAAUUUCUCGUCCUGCUCUGCACCUCUCUCUUUUUGAACGUGUUCUUCUUCUCCUGCUACUUCCUGAUCUCCACCCCGCCCCCGCCGUUGCCGUGGCUGCCUUGGGCUCGGCUGCGGCUCAGCUGGACCCGCGCCGCAGCGGCCGAGGCCGAGGCCGUUGCCGCGCUCGCGUGCUCAGGCCACGGCCGCGCCUUCGUCGACGGAAUUAUCGUCCACGGCUUCCCCACGUGCGAGUGCAACGCCUGCUACGCCGGACCUGAUUGCGCAGACCUCAUCCCCGAUUGCGCCGCCGACGCCGACAGCGGAGAUCCACUGUUCUUGGAGCCCUACUGGCGACGGCACGCUGCGGGAAGCACCAUCGUCGUGUCGGGAUGGCACCGCAUGAGCUACCGCACCACCAACGGCUACAUCUCCGUCGAGCUGGAGCGCCACAUCCGCGCUCUCCACCGCGCGGUCGGAAAUGCUGUCGAAGAGGACAAGUUCAUCGUCUUCGGAUCAGGAUCCACCCAGCUGAUCAACGCCCUCGUCUACGCGCUUUCCCCCGACAACGCCACCUCCCCCGCCAGCGUCGUCGCCACUGCUCCCUACUAUGCGUUGUACAAAUCACAAACCAAUCUCUUCGACGGUAGAGAGUACGAGUGGAAGGGGAUUACCUCAGAAUGGAUUAACUCGUCGUCGGUGUCGACGACAAACUUGAUCGAGUUUGUGACGUCGCCGAACAAUCCUGACGGGCUCCUGCACAAAUCAGUUCUCGGGGGCCAAUCGGUGAUCUACGAUCACGCGUACUAUUGGCCUCAUUUCUCGGCAAUCCCGGCCCCUGCUGAUGAAGAUGUCAUGCUCUUCUCUGGCUCCAAAACAUCUGGCCAUGCUAGCAGUAGGUUUGGGUGGGCACUGAUAAAGGAUCAGAAAGUAUACGAGAAAGUUGUGCAAUACAUGCAGGUGAAUACAAUGGGAGUGUCGCGAGAUACUCAGUUAAGAGUUCUGCAGCUCAUCAAGGUGAUCUUAGCUGAGAUGGAAGGAAAAGGAGAUAUCUUUGAGUUCGGGUACAAAACACUGAAGGAUCGAUGGCGCAAGUUGAACGAGGUCGUAUCCUCGUCCAAUCGCUUCUCCCUCCAACAAAUCUCUCCUCAGUACUGUACCUACUUUCAGAAGAUGAGAGACCCUUCUCCAGCUUAUGCUUGGGUAAAAUGCGAAUUCGAGGAGGAUGAAGAUUGCGCUGAAGUUCUCAAGGAAGCAGGAAUAAUUUCCAGAAGCGGAACGAUAUUCGAAGCCAGCAGCGGAUACACUCGGUUAAGCCUAAUCAAGACACAGGACGACUUUGAUUUGCUUUUGCAGAAGAUGGUGGCUCUAGUCUCUAAAGGGGGUGUCAGUUCCAUUUGAAUGAUGUGAAUCUACUUUAUGAUCUGUGUGUGCAAAAAAUUUACCAUCGCCAGUGAUCAACAAUACAUUAAUUACACGAUAAAUUAUAGAUAAGAAAA